CUUCCGGUGUCAGGGGCUGUCUGGGAGACGGAGCAGAAAAAGCGGGCAUAGAGAAACCUUUAUUGUUUUGUCUAGGGUUAAACACCCUUAAAGCUUUCUUUUUUUUGUUUAGAAAGUCAAACAGCUUCCGUUUGUAAAACGUUAAUCCACCGGGAAUCGCAUUCGCUCGGGAAAUAAUCUCAUUCAUUCGUCCGUAGCAGUAGGCCCAUUCUUCUGGACUUUGCUACAAGCUAGUGUGCUAACAUUAGCAGGCUAAUCUGGAUGAGCACGUUUUUCUUUCUCAAGCAUCCAUGUCUGUUACGUUGUAAAUACACACCACGGUGCUUAUGUGUGUACUUGUGAUUAAUUAUUGGUGAUUCGUCGCAAAAUAAAAUACUUAUUAAAGCCGACUCGUCGAAGCUAAAUAGAGCUAACCGCUUGCAUUUAAAAGUGUAGCUCGCUUUGUUGCUAGCUUUAGCUAGCCACUAAACAACGCAGUCUCAGAGAGCCUAGCAGGCUUCCGCCCAGAGAUGUCGGACUACGACGAGUUCGAGAGACAACUGUCUGAAAACAAACAAGCUGAAAGGGACAAAGAGAACCGCCACCACCGCCGCUCCUCGUCCCGCAGCCGCAGCAGAGAGAGGAAAAGGAGGAGCAGAGACAGGGACAGACGCAGCAGGGACCGCCGUGGAGACAGUAAGGAGCGGAGACACAGGCGCAGCUCACCAUCCAGCUACCCUCAGGACAAAGCUGGAAGCCGUUCUCCCCAUCGUGAGAAGAAGAAGAAGGUGAAGAAGUACUGGGAUGUCCCUCCACCUGGUUUUGAACAUAUUACUCCCAUGCAGUACAAAGCCAUGCAAGCCGCCGGGCAAAUCCCAGCCACAGCCCUCCUGCCUACCAUGACCCCAGAUGGCCUGGCUGUUACUCCCACCCCUGUCCCCGUGGUGGGCAGUCAGAUGACCCGUCAAGCUCGCCGUCUCUAUGUGGGCAACAUCCCAUUUGGCAUUACAGAGGAGUCUAUGAUGGACUUUUUUAAUGCCCAGAUGCGUUUGGGGGGUCUCACUCAGGCCCCUGGAAAUCCUGUCCUUGCUGUUCAGAUCAACCAGGAUAAGAACUUUGCCUUCCUGGAGUUCCGUUCAGUGGAUGAAACAACGCAGGCGAUGGCCUUUGAUGGCAUCAUCUUUCAAGGCCAGAGUCUCAAAAUCCGUCGUCCCCAUGAUUACCAGCCCCUGCCUGGCAUGAGCGAGAACCCCAGUGUCUAUGUGCCGGGUACACAGACAAUUAAUGGUGUGGUGUCCACAGUGGUGCCAGAUUCGGCUCACAAGCUCUUCAUAGGGGGUUUGCCGAACUACCUGAAUGAUGACCAGGUGAAGGAGCUGUUGACAUCAUUUGGCCCUCUGAAGGCUUUCAACCUGGUGAAAGACAGUGCCACAGGACUAUCUAAAGGAUAUGCUUUCUGUGAAUAUGUUGAUGUCAACUUGAAUGAUCAGGCUAUUGCUGGACUCAACGGCAUGCAGUUGGGUGACAAGAAGCUCCUGGUGCAAAGAGCCAGCGUGGGAUCCAAAAACGCCACUCUGACAACCAUAAACCAGACUCCUGUGACGCUGCAGGUACCAGGCUUAAACAGCUCUGUCACUCAGAUGGGCGGCCUGCCCACUGAAGUUCUCUGUCUGAUGAACAUGGUGGCUCCGGAGGAGCUCCUGGAUGAUGAAGAAUAUGAGGAGAUAGUGGAGGACGUCAGGGAAGAGUGUAGCAAGUAUGGCCAAGUAAAGAGCAUCGAGAUACCCCGACCAGUGGACGGCUUGGAGGUGCCUGGGACUGGCAAGAUCUUUGUGGAGUUUACUUCAGUUUUUGAUUCCCAGAAAGCUAUGCAGGGGCUGACUGGAAGAAAGUUUGCCAACAGGGUGGUCGUGACAAAAUACUGCGAUCCAGAUGCUUAUCACCGCCGGGACUUCUGGUAGAUGUGAUGGAGGGU